AUGCACGCCUACCGCCUCAAUCGGUCCCCGAAGGCCAGCCCGCGUGGUAACCGCGUGGCCCCUGCGCCGUCCUCGCCGCCGGUCGUGCCCCGAUCACCCGCCGCCUUCGCGCCGAGGGGUGGACCCCAGGCGGUAUCGGAGAGCGUGGUGGUCCCUUCGCUUGGCGAGGCGGCCCGCAUGAUGGAAAUCUUUGUGCAACGCCGGAACGAGCGCGACGCCGACGGAUGCGCGGCGAUGCUGGUGGACGACGACGAUAUCCGCGGGCCGGCGAGCGCGUACGGCGCCGUGGGGAAGGAGAACGUGAGGAACGCGCUGCGGGCUUGGAUCGAGGCGCACCCGGGGUUGCACUACACCUGGAGAAAUGUGAAGGUGGAGUCCAAGGGCGGUUAUUUCCUCGUGACUUUUGACUACGAGCGGCGGUGUGACGAUGAGAGUCAGUGGGGCAGGGGACGGGAGACGGUGACGCUGGACGGGACGUGCCAGCGCGUGAGGAAGGUGGAGGAGCACGGGAAGAAGCCUUAA